CUUGAAGCCCGAAUGAAAGCGCAUGUAAAAUGUUUUUCAAAGGUAAAUACAUGCGCAGCACCAAUCUCGCUCUGUAAGCCAUUGACAGCAGACGAGGAAGUUAAACCCUGGUCAAGUUCUUCUUUCAAACUUGUAGGAACAUGAAGUUGGCAAUUCUGUCAGGGCACUAUUUAGGAUGAGCUCAAAACCGGUUCCUGGCUUUUGGUUGAAAGUAUGAAACUGAAAUCUUUAAGGACUAAACACUUUGUCUGUAUUUAAUUCAACCUUGGCUUAGAAAUCACCUCUGCACCUUCAUCUCACUGGACUAAACAUCUUAUCCAGCCUAUCUAAUGGUUCCACCACUGAAUUUCAGCACAAGAUGGUGUGCUGUGAAUUUGACUGUUUGACCGAGACUCGACAGAAAUGUCAGAGUCAAGAGGACAACCGUUGAGUAAAUGUGGACUUCCCAGGUUCCUGAUUGGUUGUGAGGAUGGUAAGAGCAGAGAACUGGACGAUAGAGACAUGAGGAACAUCUCAGGUCCUUAUGGAGAUGAGGAGGACGAUGAGGAACAGUCAGAGCAUCAGAUCUUGGUGGGAAUCUGCUCCAUGACUAAGAAGUCUCAAUCCAAACCAAUGACUGAAAUUCUAGAGAGGCUCUGUAAGUUUGAGUACAUCACAGUGGUGAUUUUUCCAGAGGAAGUUAUUCUCAAUGAACCGGUUGAGAAGUGGCCCCUGUGUGACUGCCUCAUUUCCUUCCAUUCCAAAGGAUUUCCCCUUGACAAAGCAGUGAGUUAUGCCAAACUACGAAGCCCUCUCCUGAUCAAUGACCUCAAUAUGCAGUAUUUCAUUCAGGACAGGAGGGAAGUGUACAGGAUUCUACAGGAAGAGGGCAUUGAUCUUCCACGCUAUGCAGUGUUGAACCGAGACCCUGACAGGCCAGAGGAGUGCAACCUGGUGGAGAGUGAGGACCAUGUGGAAGUAAAUGGAGAAGUAUUUCAGAAGCCCUUUGUGGAGAAACCCGUCUCCGCAGAGGACCACAACGUCUACAUCUAUUAUCCAACUUCUGCUGGAGGAGGCAGCCAGCGUCUCUUUAGAAAGAUUGGCAGUCGGAGCAGUGUGUAUUCUCCGGAAAGUAACGUACGAAAGACUGGAUCAUACAUCUAUGAGGAAUUCAUGCCCACAGAUGGCACAGAUGUAAAGGUUUACACCGUAGGGCCUGAUUACGCUCAUGCUGAGGCCCGUAAGUCUCCUGCUCUAGAUGGGAAAGUGGAGAGAGACAGUGAAGGGAAGGAGAUUCGCUAUCCAGUGAUGCUCACUGCAAUGGAGAAACUUGUGGCCAGAAAAGUGUGUCUUGCUUUCAAGCAAACAGUCUGUGGUUUUGACCUCCUCCGUGCAAACGGGCACUCUUUUGUGUGUGAUGUUAAUGGAUUCAGCUUUGUAAAGAACUCCAUGAAGUACUAUGAUGAUUGUGCCAAAGUCUUGGGGAACAUGGUGAUGCGAGAGCUGGCUCCUCAGUUCCACAUCCCCUGGUCUAUCCCCAUGGAAGCAGAGGACAUCCCUAUUGUCCCAACUACCUCAGGAACCAUGAUGGAACUUCGUUGUGUUAUUGCUGUAAUUCGCCAUGGUGACCGUACACCCAAACAGAAGAUGAAGAUGGAGGUUAGGAAUGCCCUGUUUUUUGAUCUGUUUGAAAAAUAUGGCGGAUACAAGUCCGGGAAACUCAAACUGAAGAAACCAAAACAGCUCCAGGAAGUGCUGGACAUUGCUCGUCAGCUCUUAGCAGAACUGGUCCAGCACAAUGACUGUGAGAUUGAGGAGAAGAAAUCCAAACUUGAACAGCUGAAGACUGUUCUGGAGAUGUACGGCCAUUUCUCAGGGAUCAACAGAAAAGUGCAGCUGACUUAUCUGCCAAAUGGACAGCCAAAAGCAUCAAGUGAAGAGGAAGACUCUUUAAAGGAGGGCCCAUCACUGCUCCUAGUGCUGAAGUGGGGGGGUGAGCUUACCCCUGCGGGUAGAGUUCAGGCUGAGGAGCUUGGACGAGCCUUUCGUUGCAUGUACCCUGGAGGACAAGGAGACUAUGCCGGCUUUCCUGGUUGUGGCCUUCUCCGUUUACACAGCACUUACCGUCAUGACCUCAAAAUUUAUGCCUCCGACGAGGGUCGUGUGCAGAUGACUGCGGCAGCAUUUGCAAAAGGUCUCUUAGCACUGGAAGGGGAGUUGACGCCGAUCCUCGUUCAGAUGGUGAAGAGUGCCAACAUGAACGGACUGCUGGAUAGCGACAGUGACUCUCUUACAGACUGUCAGCAGAGAGUCAAAGCUCGAUUACAUGAGAUCAUGCAGAAGAACAGAGAUUUCAGUGAGGAAGACUACAAGAAGCUGGCUCCAACAUGCAGCCCAUCUCUGGUAAACUCCAUGAGUAUAAUUGGUAACCCUGUUAGGACUUGUGACCAGGUUCACACCCUCAUUCAAAGCCUCACAUGUCAGAUCUGCAAAAGGCUGGAAGACCCCAAGUCUGCAGAUUUACAGCUGUACCACAGUGAGACUCUAGAGCUAAUGCUACAGCGGUGGUCCAAACUGGAACGAGACUUCCGUAUGAAAAACGGGCGCUAUGACAUCAGUAAGAUCCCGGAUAUCUACGACUGUGUGAAGUACGAUACCCAACACAACAGCUCUGUGGGACUGGAGGACACACUGGAGCUUUUCCGCCUGUCGAGAGCACUUGCAGACAUCAUCAUCCCUCAAGAGUAUGGAAUAAAUAAAGCAGAGAAGCUUGACAUCGCUAGUGCCUACUGUCUGCCUCUAGUGAAGAAGAUUCAACUGGAUCUACAGAGGACACAUGAGGACGAGGCUGUCAACAAGUUGCAUCCACUGUGGUUCAGGUAUUCGCGAGGAGUGAUGUCUCCGGGUCGGCACGUUCGGACCCGGCUCUAUUUCACCAGCGAAAGCCAUGUACACUCCCUGCUCAGCAUCUUCCGAUACGGAGGCCUGUUAGACGAGCAAAAAGAUGAACAGUGGAAGCAGGCUAUGGACUACCUCAGUGCUGUGUCUGAGCUUAACUAUAUGACUCAGAUUGUUAUUAUGCUCUAUGAGGACAACAACAAGGACCCUUCCUCAGAAGAACGCUUCCAUGUUGAACUGCACUUUAGCCCAGGGGUAAAGGGAUGCAAGGAUGAGGAUAAUGCCCCAUUGGGAUUUGGGUUCCGUCCUGCCUCUUCAGAGAAUCACGAGAAACAAACAGACCAAGGCAGUCUCGAGGACCUUUCCCAAGACGAGCCCGACAGAGCCGCACCGUGUGAGCCAAUCAGCAUUCAUAGGAAGUCGCCACUUAUCCGCAACCGCAAGGCUGGAUCUAUGGAGGUCCUUUCAGAGAGCAACGCUUCUCGUGGAGCGGCAUAUCGUAUGUUCCCGUCAUCUUCCCGUCAGUCUCCUGAGAUCAAACCCAGCGGGCUAGGCGCCCAGUGUGCAGGCCUCUUCAGUGCCUCCUUUCCCAACCUGAGAGAUCUAACACGACCUCACCGCAAAAAGCCCUUCUCGCCCUGGAGUCUGUCUUCUCAAGGUGAGCUGCUCUCUAUGCCGGCAGUAAAGAGAUUUUCUGUGUCGUAUGCCAGGCAUCCGACUAAUGGGUUUGAAGGCUGCUCCAUGGUGCCCUCUAUCUAUCCGCUAGAGACACUGCAUAACUCUCUGUCACUCAAGCAGGUGGAUGAAUUCCUCACUGCGGUGUGCAAGAAUGGGAGUGAGACACAAUUCAAGAGGAUGAAAUCUCUGUCCGCCAUGUUUGACUCCCAUGCCCAGCCCUCCAUAGAUGUUGAAAGUCCGGAGAUCCCAGUGACCACCCCAGUCCAGCUGACCCAACCACCAAACCGGCCUCUUUGGUACAGCAGCGAUCCUCUCAGCACGUUAUCCAGUGCCGGUCCAUCGUCGCCAUUAGUAGCAGAGACCUCAUCAAACUUCAGCUUUAACAGCGAGUAGACAUCUUGGUUACACACAUUGUUAAUGAUUUCUACAGCGGUGAUGGAAGCAUUUUGACACUGAUCUCAUGUCAGUUCUUCAGUCUGUGCUUAAAGGGAGUUCACCCAAAAAUGUUAAUUCUUUCAUCAUUUACUCACCCUCAUGCCAUCCCAGAUGUGUAUGACUUUCUUUCUUCUGCUGAACACAAAUGAAGAUUUAUUUAAGAAUAUCUCAGAUCUGUAGGCUCGCAGUGCAGGUGAAUGGGUACCAAAAUGUUGAAGGUCCAAAAAGCACAGUCAGCAUAAAUGUAAUCUAUGAGACUCCAGUGGUUAAAUCUUUAUCUUCAGAAGCGAUAUGAUAAGUGUGGGUGAUCAAUAUUUUAGUCAUUUUUUUCCUAGAAAUCUCCACUUUCACUUCCACACACUUUUGCUUUUGGCAAUUCGCAGUCUUUGUGCAUAUUUCCACCUACUAGGCAGGGAGGAGAAUGUGUAUAGUAAAAAAGUACUUAAAUAUUGAGCUGUUUCUCGCCCACACCUAUUAUAUCGCUUCUGAAGAUAAAGAUUUAACCACUGGAGUCAUGAAGAUUACUUUUAUGCUACCUUUAUGUGCUUUUUAGUGCUUAGAACGUUUGGUACCGAUUAAUUUGCAUUGGAUAGAAAAUAUAAAAUGUCUAAACUUCAGUUGUGUUCAGCAGAAGAAAGAAAGUCAUACAUAUUUGGGAUGGUAUGAGGGUGAGUAAAUGAGAGAAUUUUCAUUUUUGGGUGAACCAUCAGUUUAAAGGUUUGAGGUUAGGAAUACUGUGGCAGAAGCUGUUCCUACUGUUGAUCAUCAUUAAUGAGUUAUCUAUUACACAGAGGUACCCACAUGCAGACUGCUAUCUACACUUCUGCCUGAACAAUACCGAGCCCUUUUAGCUGAGGUAUAGCUGAUAGUUUGAUCUGUCAGCAAAUAGCGCUCUGAAACCAGUAAUUAGCUCUUCCGCUGUACUUCUGCACUCUGAUGGAGUCAGAUAGUAAUUAUGUGGCAAAGACAAGGACAUUGCAGCGUACAAUAGUAAUUGUCUCUGGAUGUUUGGUUUCUUUACCCCACACAAAUGCAAUUACAUUGCUGCACAUAGUAAUUCAACUAUAUGUAAAUGCACAAAGAAGCAUAUAAAUCAAUAAGACAACAGGAGAUAUAAGUAUCUAAUGAUUCUGAUUCAGUUGAAUUAUAGUGCCAGUUGAUACAGGAAAAUGAAAUUAUACCACUAUUCUGCAGUUUGUGUAUUUUAUGAUUUUUUUAUGUUUUUUAGACAUUUGAUUUUUGUUAAUACAAAAUUAUUUCAAGAUUUGAAUGAAAAAAUUGGUAUUUUUAUUAUAUGAAAUGAAAAACAAAAAGGUAUUGUUUGGAAAUAAUAUCUGUAAUAAAUAUGCCUUAGGCUUGUGUGUGUAAAAUGAGUUGCAGUAGUCUCUUUAAAGACAAAGAAUGUUUUCAGUUGUAUGCAAUCUGCUGUUUGCCCAUGUUUACUCUGUAAAUUUGAAAUGAGCAUAUUUAAUUUGAGACCAUUCUAAAUAAAAAA